AAAUUAUUUACAAGAUAAGAAGAGGACACAAAAUUUAGAUCUGAGCACUUUUCUUUGAGUGAAAAUGAAGUUCUUGUUUCAGUGUCCUUGUUGCUCAUGCUUUUGCUUCAUGAAGCCAAAGGCUGGGAAAGCAAAGGUGAAAGAAGUGAGCAAGGAAGCUAAAGCAACUAAGGAAGUGAAAGAAGUGAAAGAAGCUAAGAAGGAAGAAAAGAUUGAAGAAAAGAAAGAGUGACAACAUGUCAAAUGUAAUGUAACAACUCCAUUGCAAACUUUCUUUGGUUGUUUAAUUUUAGUGAUUAUUUUCCUAUGUUUGGUUAUCAACAAAUAUUAUCAUUAAGCAUGCACAGCAACAUGUGCAAUAUGCUUUGUGCUUCUUGGUGUUGAGCAUUGACAUGCUUUUUAUUAUGAGUUUGAAAAUGCUUCAAGUGGAAAAUAAAUUGCCAUUUCAAUAAUGAAUAUUUCCAUUA